UCUAUGGGAAGGUUACCUUGCUGUGAGAAAGCACAUAUCAACAAGGGUGCAUGGACAGUAGAAGAGGAUCAACUUCUCAUUACCUACAUCAACGCCCAUGGCGAAGGAUGCUGGCGAUCCCUCCCCCAAGCCGCCGGCCUGCUCCGAUGCGGUAAGAGUUGCAGACUCCGCUGGACAAAUUACCUCCGUCCAGAUCUAAAACGUGGAAACUUCACUCAUCAAGAAGAAGAAAUCAUCGUCAAGCUCCAUAGCUUUCUUGGGAAUAAGUGGUCGUUGAUAGCUGGGAGAUUACCUGGAAGAACUGAUAACGAGAUUAAGAAUUACUGGAACACUCAUAUGAAACGCAAGCUAAUCAGCCAAGGCAUUGAUCCUCAAUCUCACAGAACGCUCAACUCUAUAUCCGCCGGGAAUCAGAAUUUCGAAAUGCGUAACCUAAUUCACCAAGAUUUAUCAUCGUCAUCGAAACAGAGGACUGUCGGUUCAUUUGACGACGGGAAGUUUAACAGCAGCAGAAGCAUGGCGGUAGAAGAAGCGAGGCCACGUGAAAGCGUCGACCAGUGCGAAUCCAUCAAUCUGGAUCUAUCGAUCGGGAUGAUGACCUCGCAUACAAAUUCUGGUAAGAUUAAGGCAGGAGCCGGUUUCGAAUCUGGAGAAGCGGCGAAGGCGGCGGCGGCGACGGCGCAGUCGUCGGUGGCAGUUUGCUUGUGUUGGCAGUUAGGUUUUCAGAUUAAGCAAUUUUCUUGCAAUUGCCCAAUGGCCCCAAUCUACUAAUAAUAAUAAUGCCACCGUGUCUUGUGGGUUCAGAUCAGAUAUUUGGUUUUCUCCAAAAUUAGU